UAAAAGAAAAAAAGCAGGGAAAGUAAAACCGGUUUCCCUCCAGGCUCCAAGAGGUGGUAAAAUUAUGUAAACCACCAAUAGGAUUAGGUAACGACCAGAGUCAAUUACAAAUUUAACAGCCCAUGACGUGGCUCUAUAAAGUAAUAUACUGCGUAUUUGCGCGUGUGCUAAAACUGAACAAAGGAAAGCAAAUCAAAUGAAAGUGGGUGGGUUUUGGAUGGUUCAUUUAUUUUUCCCUUUUUAUUUUUGUUUCUUUUUUUUUUUUUUGUUUUGUGUGGAGAAGAGAAAACAACGCUCUUUCGCUUCUAUCAAAAAUACAUACAAAUUAAAUAAAUUUGGAAAAAAUAUUAAUUGUUUUUAAGAAAACAAAGAGAGACUUUCCGUGAAGAAGAGCUCUCUUUUUUAGUAUUUCUAUAAUUUUGUUUCUGUUGGCAAAGGAGGAAGGAGAGGGAAGAGGUUUUUUUUUCUUUUUUUUUUUUUGUGGUUAGGUGACAGCGCGGUUUUGGAACGUGGAAUGAGAAUUGGUGCGUGGAGGUGGUUCUAACGUGACAACGUUGAGUGAUGGUGAUGGAGGAAGAUGACUGUUGAAUGGAAUUCUCAUUCGAUGCUGGAAUUCCUAUGUCACGAACAGCAACGGCGGCCGUGCCUGUCACUGAAGGAUCCUCGCUUUCACCUUCGUUGAAUCAAGAUGCCAUGUGGCAAAUGAACUUGAGAUCCAGUGAAACGAUGGAAUCUAGUCCCUAUCCUGAGCGUCCUGGAGAACCUGAUUGUUCUUAUUAUAUCAGGACAGGCCUUUGUAGAUUUGGGGCGACAUGUCAUUUUAAUCAUCCUCCUAACCGGAAACUGGCUAUCGCUGCUGCAAGAAUGAAAGGUGAGUUUCCAGAAAGAGUAGGACAACCUGAAUGUCAGUACUACCUGAAAACAGGAACUUGCAAAUUUGGAGCUACAUGCAAGUUUCAUCAUCCUAGAGACAAAGCUGGGAUAGCUGGCAGAGUUUCCUUAAAUAUUUUGGGCUAUCCUCUUCGCCCGAAUGAGACUGAGUGUGCUUAUUAUCUAAGAACUGGACAAUGCAAGUUCGGGAGCACUUGUAAAUUUCACCAUCCUCAACCAACUAAUAUGAUGGUUUCAUUGCGUGGCUCUCCUAUUUAUCAAACUGUCCCUUCUCCGGCCACUCCUGGUCAGCAGUCACAUCCAGGAGGAAUUACAAAUUGGUCAAGAGCAUCUUUCAUUCCCAGCCCUCGUUGGCAAGGUCCUUCAAGUUAUGCAUCCUUGAUUUUACCACAAGGGAUGGUAUCAGUUCCAGGCUGGAAUGCUUAUAGUGGUCAACUGGCAUCAGUCUCUUCUUCAGAGAACCUGCAGCAGACAAAUGUAAAUCACCAGAUUCAUGGAACCUCUCGCCAGAAUGAAUCAGCAACUGCAGGAUCCCAAGCAUCCUUUUCUGAGUUACGCUCCGGUUCCGUCCCUGUAGGUGUUUAUGCAUUGCAGAGAGAGAAUGUAUUCCCGGAGAGACCUGGCGAGCCUGAGUGCCAAUUUUACAUGAAGACUGGUGAUUGUAAAUUUGGUGCAGUUUGUAAGUUCCAUCACCCAAGAGAGAGAGUUCUUCCUGCCCCUGAUUGUGUGUUGAGUCCUAUAGGCCUUCCUUUACGCCCGGGUGAACCUCUAUGCAUAUUCUAUUCUCGAUAUGGAAUUUGCAAAUUUGGUCCAAGUUGCAAGUUUAACCAUCCUAUGGGAAUUUUCACAUACAGUUACUCACCAUCAUCUCCAUCUGAUGCCCCAGUUCACUGUUUCUUGGGUUCGUCGUCAGGAACUGCUGGGUUAAACCUGUCAUCAGAGGGACUUGUUGAAGCAGUCCCUACAAAGCCCAGGCGACUAUCACUGUCCGAAAAUAGACAGUUGUCUCCCAGUGAUGAUGAUAUUGACGCUGAGGGAUAAGAGCGGCAUCAAGAUAUGGGCUGACUACAUUUGACAAUGGUUUUUGUGUAUGAGAAAGAGUAAUCUGUAAAUUCAUUUCCAUUGUUGGAGAUGUACAAAGUUCAUGUCAAGCUGAUUCUGUUCUUUAAAAGAUGUGCAAUUCAGUCAACAGUUGCAUCUUCUGAAUUUCAUAUUCCUGCAUUGUAUAAAUCUGAAAAUUGUCACAUUUGGUAAAACCCAAUGUGAACAGUUCAUCUGUCCCAAAGCUCAUUUUUCUUUCUAUUUUUGUGUUAUGUUUCUUUCACAUUAUGUUGUGCGAGUCUCUUUGUCCCUCUCAUUUGUUGCAGUUUUAAACCUCUACCUAGUUUUCCGUUGAAUCUUCAUUGUUAAAGGUUCCUUGUCUUCUCUCUUUUUCUUCCCCCCCUCCCCUCCGUUCUAGGACCUCAAAUCUGCUGACAUCUUCUAAAAACAGACUUGUUUCUUGAGUUAAUAAUUACUAUAUACCCUAAUAUUUGAUAUUGUGAGUGAUUCUCUAAGUUGUUUACUGACAGUUUUCUCUUCUUGAUCUAAUGUUAGAAGUUGUCGUGCAGAAGCAUAAAUGAGUACACAUUAGACUCUCCUGCAAAAGAAAAAGAGUGAAAAGGAACUGUUCUGUAUGGUUGUCACAUCAUUUCUUCGAAGCUCCUGGAGACCAUACUUCUUGAUAAAUUGUUCACUGAAGAUGAACUUGUAAGUUAUUCCAACAGGAUAUUAUAUUUUAUGGGGUUAGUUUAUCUUUACGACUCUUUGCCCUUGCAGGAGGCUUUUGAAGAUGAUAGUGGAUCCUCAAAAUAUCCACAGAUUAAAAGAUUCAAGAUUUCCAUUAAAUAUCCUUGACAAAAUCGUAUCAGGUACAAUUUCAAUCAUGGAAAGCUGUGUCACUGUUUCUAUUUCUACUUUUUCCCCCCUAUUUUAAUGAAAAGCAUGUUGCAUAAA